AUGACUUACGUCUACAAGUCGAAUAUUCAAGCUGUCUCCCGCUACAUGCAGACCGCACCACUCGAGUGCGCCCUGUUCGUUCCUUCUGCGAUCGGCCUAGCAGGCUGCCCAGCUGAUUUUUCUUUCGUUGGCUGCUAUGCCGACUCGGUCGGCAAGAGGAUACUCAAUUCGAGGGGCCAGCAUAAUCCAAUGUCUGCGGAGAUGUGCUACAUGUUCUGCGACGACGGGGUGAACACCCACUUUGGCAUGCAAUACUCCGGCGAGUGCUGGUGCGGGAUUCACCCCGAGCUAAACCAGAACGGUGAGGAGCUCGCGGCCGGCGAAUGCGACUUUCUGUGCGCGGGCACCACCACAGGCGAAAUUUGUGGAGGUUUCUUGAAAAUGAGCGUAUUCGAGAUUACAGCGUACAAGGGAUGCCAAUACGAGGCUCUCGAUCAGCCGAUUGGACGAGGAUCCCCACCUAUUUCCGGCUCAGAAGAUACACAGAUAGUCGGGCAGCCUUGGGACUACCAAGAAAAAAUCGACGGGACCAAUUUCUUGUCAGCGCAGAGUGAUCUUCCUGGGGCGUGCGACGGGAACGAUGACCACCAGAAACUUUUGGCCCAGGUCCGUGUUUGGGAGGGUGCCGCAAAGACUGCGCCAAGGAUAUUCUGCGGUAUAUCCACCCGCCAUCAGAACCAUCGCACCAACGUCAAGGCGAUCAAGGAGACAUGGGCGUCCCACUGUGACGGAUUCGUGGCCUUCAGCGACAAAACUGACCAAGAACUUAGCACGCUCAAGAUCAAGCGAGAGGGCCUCGAGGAGGAAGGCAACAUGUGGCAGAAAAGCAGAGCCAUCUGGAAGUACAUCAACUUCCACUACAAAGAGGACUUCGACUGGUUCAUCCUCGGGGGCGACGACCUCUUCCUUAUCGCGGAGAACCUGCGCAAGUACCUGCUAUCGGAUGAGGUCAAGAGCGCAGGCGGGGGCAUCAAAAACGGCGGGGCCAACCCCAUGUACCUAGGAAGACGUCUACGUGUGUUUGGCGAGGACCAUCGAAUGUACAACAACGGACGGGCCUCAUACGUGUUGAACCAGGCGUCGGUGGGCCUCUUGGCGAGCCACCUCGACGAUGACGAUUGCCAGCCCCAUAGGAAAACUCCAUGGGAAGAUCUCUUGGUUUCUAUGUGCUUGAAGAAGAACGGCGUCAGCGCAUUCGAUACUCGAGAUACUCUCGGGCGCGAGCGAUUCCACCCCUUCACGCCAGCAACUCACUUCGGGCAACACAUGCCUCUGGACCCAGCAGAUCGCCUUGCGUCAGGAAUCGUCGUGAAUGCCUGGUACAUGGACCAGGAGGUUGAUGCGAAGUUCGGUCGCGAAGGCUACUCAAGUGACUCCCUCAGCUUCAACGAUGUCGAUGAGCAGCUCAUGAGGCGGCUUUACCAUUUGGUUUACUCCUGCCAAAAUGAUGAGGUUCCAGGCCCCGAGUCACUACCACAGGCUAAUCCCGUGCAGAAGUUGGUUGAGAUCCCGGAGGAGCUGACCGGGUGGGACUUGGUGGAGAGAUUACAUUCUAUCGGCCUCGACAGUCGCGCUGAUCUGGCAAGGGUACUUCAGGAGACGGACCCUUUCAAGGUAGCUGUGGACUCUCCUGACAAGUUCGAGUGCCCAGAUAGAGAGGCGGAUCGAUUUUCGUUACCCGACAUUCGAGAUCAUGACAACGAGGAAGCAUUCAAAGCGGGACAGGGGUUUCUCUACUAUCAGCACUUGAGGAAAGCGGGGGGAACGGCGUUCUGCGACAUGGCUUCCAGGAAUAUGCCGGCAACGGAAAUACCGUGGUACUUCUGUAUGGCGGAUGGCAGGGGUUCCACCGCGACCCCUCCAUGGUCAGACAAGGACUUCUUCUUGGAAAGUAUGCAAAAGCAUGGUUAUCGCCUCACGUCCAACGAGUGGGACGUCUUACCGAUAGAGCACCUCACUCUACAGGGGGCCAUCUUUGCUACAACGUUAAGACAUCCGGUGGAUCGGUGGUACAGUCAGUAUCGGUUCGAGCACUUGGAGCACCGCGACGGGUCUAAGCCAGGCAGCGAGCUCUUGCCGUUCGACUUGUGGUACAAGAAGAUAAGACAGGAUGAGAUGGGCGACAACGCCUACAUCAAAACCUUCUGCGGUCGGUCUUCCCAACGAGACGAUACUUUCUCAGAGGGCGUGGACGGAGACGGGCGGCCCAACUACGCCCGGGAUUUGUGGUGGAGCUACCACAAAUUUAACACCUGGGGAGACCAGAUCGCCUGGGAGGACCUGAAAUCUGCUAUGAAUAUCCUUAGACGAUUCAACCUCGUUCUUGUGCUGGAAUUUGUCGAAGACGAGAUGUGGGCAUUGGAGGAGGCGUUCGGCUGGAGCUUACCACGGAAACAGUGGCUGCCGGACGAGCACGAAGCUGUGCGACUCGACAAGAAAUCGAUUCACGCGAUUGGAGCUUUACCUAGCGAGGCGUGGACGGAUGUCCUCAACGCGAACGUUUUCGAUUUUCUGUUGUUUCAAUGGGUCAAGAGGCUAUACCUGGAGCGACGCGCUUGCCGCCAUGUCGAUCGAGCGUCCAUCUCCGAUUUUCAACCACAAUAAGGCCUUAAAGGCCUAUUGUUGGACAGCCGGUUGACCGGUUGAUCGAUGGGUUGCGUACGUAGACGAUGGUUGCUGGCCACGGCGAGAAGAACAUAUUUGUGCGGAAUACACCUUUGGUGCGCUCUUAAAGUGACGCCCACGGAUACGAAUUUGGAAGUCGUUGCAUGAGCUAAAGCUGUGCGCGUGGCUGGAGUGUGUUGUUGUUGUUGUUGUUGUUGUUGUUGUUGUUGUUCUUCUUCUUGCUGUUGUCAGUGUUUUUGUUGUUGGCGUCC